AAUUAGUUUUACUGAGAAAAACUGACAAAAAACAUAAAGUUUAAGAUGGCGUCAGACGCGGUCCGACUGUCUUCUUUGAGCGUUUUAGCCCUUGUGAACUUUGUUUUUGUAUUCGUGACCGGUGUUGACUUUGUGCGCUUCAUCUCCUUCCGAGCCAUUUACCACAAUAUCACAGGGGAGUCGGCGCUAUGUCAAGAGUCUGUGCCUUGGUCUGUGGCAUUGAGGGACACCUCCGUCCUCAAGGCUGUAUGUACAGACCUUAUCCUGUUGGCUCUCUUCACUGUCCAGCAUAGUGUUUUGGCCUGGGCGCCAGUUAAACAAGCCUGUCAGUCUGUCCUGGGAGUCUUAAACCGGGCUAUGUACUGUUCCACAACGGCUCUGGCUCUACAGGUUUUAAUGCGUUUCUGGCAGCCUGUGACUAACGCCCCAUGCCUGUGGUCUGUGCACAAUGCACCCUGGGACAUAUGGUUUCCUUUGAUCUGUUUCAUUCUUCAUUUUCUGGCCUGGGCCAUUAUCUUCAGUAUUCUACUGAUAUUCGACUAUGGCGAACUACUUGGAAUCAAACAGGUGUAUUAUGAGUGCCUCGGCAUGGGUGACCCCUUGGCCUUAAAAUCAGCCCGAGCCCAGCGUCUCUAUGCCCACCUGCGCCACCCUGUGUGUUUGGAGCUUGGUGUGGUCCUCUGGCUGUUGCCCACCUUCCCCUUGGACAGGUUUCUGCUGGCAGGUUACCUGACGGUCUACCUGGCCCUAGCCCACUCCCUGGACUCCCAAGACUGUACCUAUCUGAGUGUGCAGCUGCGCAGCAAGAUGCAGCUCUUCUCAUUACCUCCAGGUGGCAGUGGUCAGGUUUCUCCGACCACAGCCAACAACAACAAUAACAACAAUCACAAGCGUGAUUGAAUAUACAGUAUAUACAGAUGUCAUGUGUGUUGGAAAGAAAUGGGAGAGGAGACGUACUGAAUUAGUCUCCUGACAACAAACAAACAAACAAAUAAAUCACUGGUGUUUACAGCUGCAUUUGAACAAAAGAAGAAUUGUAAAAUAUUGUGCAGUUACCCUGAAUGUUAAACGUAAGGUAUUCAGGACAAUGAGGUAGAGCAUGCUUGCUGCAGCACUCUGCAUUUUUUUUUUAUGUGUAUAUUUUGUCAUCAGUAUCCAUGUUUUAUUGUAUUUUAAUUUGUAUUUAUACACUUUAUGCCAGUUGCUGCAAAGCUUUUUAAGGUGAAUGCCCUUUACUGCAGACUGGGUCAGCAGUCAGAAUAUGACUUGCCACCCAUAGGAACAAACACAUUAGAGUGCCAAGCUAUUUAAUGUGUGUUUUGUCUGAUUUUCACAACGUUACAUCAUAGAUUUAUAGAAGCACUCUUAAGUGCAUCUGCAGAAAUGUUGCAUCAACUGGAUUUGUUGGCUACAGUGUUUUAAAACGGCCACAAGGAAUUAGGUUGAAUUAUUUGUACUGAUUAUUUUGACGACCAAAAGUGCUGCGGAUGGACUUAACUAAUUCCACCAAAAAGAGCAGACUAAAUGUGCUGUGUAUUGAAAUGCAGAUUUAAGUGUUAAAUAAUGAGACAAAACAAGCUGUGUUUUUGUUGCUAUGACAAUCUCCUAUAUACAGACUAAAGUAAUGUUGAAGUUUCUAUUUGCCCAGAGCUUUGGUGGCCUUUUGCAAAUCUCAACAACACAGCUUAUACACUGGAAAGACAUAUGUUGCUGUCUGAGCUAUGCAUUGAUGCAUAUGAGGAUAUACUAAGCUACAGCGUCAGAUUGAAAUAAAAUUGUCAUUCAAGCAA